GCCUAUGAGAGUGCAUAAUCAACAAUAACACACAAGUGGAAACCAGGCAUAAAAUGCAAACAGUUCUGCCCAAAAUCGAAAACUGAUCAACCCCAAUUAGGGAUUCCACGGGAGCUGCAAAUUGACCUCGGUUCAGGAACGCCUGAAGAGAAGUUGAAGGAGCCAAAUCGCUGGUUUGCCAUUGAUCCAUGAUGAGUCUUAUCUUCCUUGCAUUGAAAUAAGUGCCUGAUUUUGGCAAAAUCUUGGGGCUCUAUUUGUUUAUCAGUGAUUCGCUUACAAGUAAACCGGUCGGUUAACGAACGAAACGUUGUUUGCAUUCACGGUUCGUUGGCUCUGCUUUCGCAGUUCUCUAGCGAUGCGAAUGUAGCGAUGAAGAUAGUAACGUACAACGUGAAUGGUCUGAGGCAACGAAUCUCCCAGUUUGGUUCUCUCCUCAAACUACUCGAUUCCUUCGAUGCCGAUAUUAUAUGCUUCCAGGAAACCAAAUUACGAAGACAGGAGCUGACAACGGAUGUGGUCAUGGCUGAUGGGUAUGAAUCGUUUUUCUCCUGCACGCGAACAAAUGAUAAAGGCCGGACUGGCUAUUCAGGGGUAGCAACGUUUUGCCGUGUAAAGUCGGCCUUUUCAAGUAACGAAGUGGCAUUGCCGAUUGCUGCAGAGGAAGGCUUCACUGGCCUUUUAGAGAAUGGUGAGGGCGGAAAAGAUGGUGCAGUUGCUGAAGGGCUUGAGGAGUUCACAAAUGAUGAACUUCUUAAAGUUGACAGGGAGGGACGAUGUGUUAUCACUGAUCACAGCCACUUUGGUGAUUAUUACUGGUCAUUUCUAAAUUUGUGCUAUUCAAUAUAUACGGGCCUAGAGCAGGAUGUGAUGAUGCUGAGAGGACACAGUUUAAGCGUGAUUUUUUCAAUAUACUACAGGUGGGAAUCUAUCUUGCAUCGGGGAAGAAGGGUUUUUGUUGUUGGAGAUCUGAACAUUGCUCCAGCUGCUAUAGACCGCUGUGAUGCAGAAUCAGAUUUUGAGAAGAAUGAGUUCAGAAGAUGGUUUAGAUCUAUCCUGGUGGAAUCCGGUGGCCCAUUCUUUGAUGUUUUCAGAGUAAAACAUCCUGACAGGAAGGAUGCAUACACAUGCUGGCCAUCAAGUACCGGUGCUGAACAAUUCAAUUACGGGUCAAGAAUUGACCAUAUUCUUUGUGCCGGAUCUUGCUUGCAUCAAGAUAACGACCCAGGAGGGCAUAAGUUCGUAACUUGCCAUGUUAAGGAAUGUGAUAUUUUGACAGAGUAUAAACGCUGGAAACCCGGUAAUACAACUAGGUGGAAAGGAGGUUGGAGCAUUAAGCUGGAAGGUUCAGACCACGCUCCUGUGUAUAUGAAUUUGGUAGAAAUCUCUGUUAUCCUCCGGCAUAGCACUCCUUCUUUAUCUGCUAGAUAUCUUACGGGGAUUCGUGGGCUUCAACAAACGCUAGUCUCUGUGUUAAUGAAGAGACAAGUUGCGACUCAAUUCCAAUCCUUCAGGGCCACAAAUUCAGUUCCGUAUGGAAAUAGUGGCACACCAACAAGUGAAACUUCUUCGUCUUUGAGCCAAGAUCCCCAAGGUGGAUUCUCGAAUACAGAUGAGCAUUCCCGAGAAUCUGUUGACGAGGAUGGCAAUAAAGCCAGAAUCACAUUGCGGAGUAAGCAUUAUAGUUCAGUGCCAACUGAAAAUAGCAGGAAAAAAGUGAGAAGAGGCCAGCAAUCACAACUUUCUGUGAGGGCAUUUUUCCAGAAAAGUUCAAGUCUUAAGACUACUAACGACAGCUCUGGAACUGAUAUCUCAUAUGAGCAGGCAGUGGUAAAAAAUUGUAGUAACCAAUCUCAUGAAACUCCUGUCUCGGCAGAAGCUGAUGAAAGCAAUUGUUUCAAGCACUGUGGAUCUGGUUCGAAUUCAUUGACCCAGGAUGAGGAUGAAGAACAUUGCGGUUCUUUAGAGAAAGAGAAAAAUAGCACAGCUUUACAGGAAUGGCAAAGGAUACAGCAACUGAUGAAGAGUAGCAUACCUCUUUGCAAGGGCCAUAAGGAACCGUGUGUUGCUCGAGUAGUGAAGAAACCUGGUCCUACUUUUGGUCGCAGAUUUUACGUCUGCGCUCGAGCUGAGGGUCCUUCCUCAAAUCCUGAAGCAAACUGCGGUUACUUUAAAUGGGCUUCUUCAAAAUCUCGGCCCAAAUGAUGGUCAUGAUUUCUAAUCUUAGAUCAAAUGAAAGGUUGCAAGUCAAUAGUCUAUCUAUGUAUUGAGAGGAAGGCCCUGCUGAUGGUGCAGCAAUUGAGUUUUGUCCUUUCCCAUUGCACCAUGAGGUCUAAUUCAGUAACACAGCGUGGAGGCAGGCUCCCGCCAAGGUAUUGUGCGCGUUGGAUCUCGGCGUGCACUUAUUGUGUUUCAGUAAAUGAUCAUGCCUCCUCCACUCGAACCCAUGACCUAUUAGACGUGGGAAAGUGAGUACCAAGUAACCAACUCAUUUUUCAAUUAUUCAACCAUUUCAUUUUACCAAUUUCAAUGUUAGUCAGAUUAGUCAACAUUUAUAUGUUUCGAUGCAACGACAAGAUGUUAUUGGUAACAAUUAGUUUUGUUGUUUGGGGUAAGCUCAAGAUUGAAGCUUUUUAUUAGUCUUAUUUUUGUGGUGAUGUAAAAGUGGACAAGUAGAUUUGACGUGAAUGUCAUUGUGGGUUCAUCAUGA